GGCGAGGUCGGAGCCGGCGGGGGCUGAGUUGGGGACGGGGGCGCACCCACCUCCCUGCCCAGCGUCUCCUCUGGCCUUUGUUUCCCCAUCCGAGGGGUGGGGGCUGGCAGAGGAGCUGGGAACCAGCUGGAGCUUGGCUGCAUAAUAGUGUCCUCUGUCCCAAGGGUUAAUCAGAGCCCUUUUGGGGCUCGGCAGGACUUGGCAUCACUGCUUUUUUCGCCAAUCUUUGUUGGGAAGAAAAGGCAUUCCAACAAUGUCAUCGGAAAUGACCUUGCAGGACAGGUCAAACGGGGCCACGUCACAGGCUGAGCUGGACCACAGGGUGGAGAAGAAAUCGGAGAAGGCCUGCCUAGAAGCUGAAAAAGCCCCUUGUCCUCUCCAGUGUCCAAGGAGUGAAGGUGGGGAGACGGGGCUGCAGAAGGUCCUGAUCAAGGAUACGCCCAGUAUCAACGUCCAGCGAGAACGCUUCCGGCAGUUGGGCUAUCAGGAUGCUAAGGGUCCCCGAGAGGUUUGCAGCCAACUCCAUGAUCUUUGCCAUCAGUGGCUGAAGCCGGAGAAGCGUUCCAAAGCUGAGAUGCUGGACUUGGUGAUCCUCGAGCAGUUCUUGGCUGUCCUGCCCCCGGAGAUGAAGAACUGGGUCCGAGAAUGUGGAGCAGAGACCAGCUCCCAGGCGGUGGCCCUGGCCGAGGGCUUCCUGCUGAGCCAGGCGGAGGAACAGAGGCAGCAGGCAAGGACCGAUACAGGCCUUUCCUGGCUUUUACGCACCCUGACUUAG